GAGUCCGCCAUUUUGGCUGCCUCUGUCGGUCUUUUCAGUUACCACGUGAACCGCCGACGGAGACCCGGGAGGGGGGAGGUGGCGGCGGCGUUAAGUGAGAAAGGGGGAAAAGGAGGAGAGAGAGGAAAAAAAAAAAAAAAGAAAAAAAAAGGCGAAGGGAGUGUCAGGACAGGGCGGGCGCGGCGACCCCGGAGGCCUAGUGGCGGCGGAGUGAAGGCUUCAAGGCUGAAGUGAGCUCGGGAACGGCAGUGGCGGCGGCGGGCGGACAAACGGACUGAGCGAGCCGGGCGGUGGCGGGAGCCGCGGGAGGAGCCGGAACCAUGCCGGCCGUGAGCCUCCCGCCCAAGGAGAACGCGCUCUUCAAGCGGAUCUUGAGAUGUUAUGAACAUAAACAGUAUAGAAAUGGAUUGAAGUUCUGUAAACAAAUCCUUUCCAAUCCCAAAUUUGCAGAGCAUGGAGAAACCCUGGCUAUGAAAGGAUUAACGUUGAACUGUUUGGGAAAAAAGGAAGAAGCUUAUGAAUUGGUUCGCAGAGGUUUGAGAAAUGACUUAAAGAGUCAUGUGUGUUGGCAUGUUUAUGGCCUUCUUCAAAGGUCAGACAAGAAGUAUGAUGAAGCCAUUAAGUGCUACAGAAAUGCACUGAAAUGGGAUAAAGACAAUCUUCAGAUCUUAAGAGAUCUUUCCUUACUACAGAUUCAAAUGCGAGAUCUUGAGGGCUAUAGGGAAACAAGAUACCAGUUGCUUCAGCUUCGACCUGCACAGAGAGCAUCAUGGAUUGGUUAUGCUAUUGCUUACCAUUUAUUAGAAGACUAUGAAAUGGCAGCAAAAAUUUUAGAAGAGUUUAGGAAAACACAGCAGACAUCUCCUGAUAAAGUGGAUUAUGAAUACAGUGAACUCCUCUUAUAUCAGAAUCAAGUUCUUCGGGAAGCGGGGCUUUAUAGAGAAGCCCUGGAACAUCUUUGUACCUAUGAAAAGCAGAUUUGUGAUAAACUUGCUGUCGAAGAAACCAAAGGGGAACUUCUGUUGCAGUUGUGUCGUUUGGAAGAUGCUGCUGAUGUUUAUAGAGGAUUACAAGAGAGGAAUCCUGAAAAUUGGGCCUAUUACAAAGGCUUAGAAAAAGCACUGAAGCCAGCUAAUAUGUUAGAACGGCUAAAAAUAUAUGAGGAGGCCUGGACUAAAUACCCCAGGGGACUCGUGCCAAGAAGGCUGCCCUUAAACUUUUUAUCUGGAGAGAAGUUUAAGGAGUGUUUGGAUAGGUUCCUACGGAUGAAUUUCAGCAAGGGUUGUCCACCUGUCUUCAAUACCUUGAGGUCUUUAUACCGAGAUAAAGAGAAGGUGGCAAUCGUAGAAGAACUAGUAGUUGGUUAUGAAACUUCUCUAAAAAGUUGUCGCCUAUUUAACCCCAAUGAUGAUGGAAAGGAGGAACCUCCAACCACAUUACUUUGGGUCCAGUACUAUUUGGCACAGCAUUAUGAUAAAAUUGGUCAGCCAUCCAUUGCUCUGGAAUACAUAAAUACUGCUAUUGAAAGUACACCAACAUUGAUAGAACUCUUUCUUGUAAAAGCUAAAAUCUAUAAGCAUGCUGGGAAUAUUAAAGAAGCUGCCAGGUGGAUGGAUGAAGCCCAGGCCCUGGACACAGCAGACAGAUUUAUUAAUUCCAAGUGUGCAAAAUACAUGUUAAAAGCCAAUCUGAUUAAAGAGGCUGAAGAAAUGUGUUCCAAGUUUACGAGGGAAGGAACUUCAGCGGUAGAGAACCUGAAUGAAAUGCAGUGUAUGUGGUUCCAGACAGAGUGUGCUCAGGCAUACAAAGCAAUGAACAAAUUUGGUGAAGCACUUAAGAAAUGUCAUGAAAUUGAGAGACAUUUUAUAGAAAUCACCGAUGACCAGUUUGACUUUCAUACGUACUGUAUGAGGAAGAUCACCCUUAGAUCAUAUGUGGACUUAUUAAAACUAGAAGAUGUACUUCGACAGCAUCCAUUUUACUUCAAAGCAGCGAGAAUUGCUAUUGAGAUCUAUUUGAAGCUUCAUGACAACCCUCUGACAGAUGAGAACAAAGAACACGAGGCUGAUACAGCAAACAUGUCUGACAAAGAGUUAAAGAAACUGCGUAAUAAACAAAGAAGAGCUCAAAAGAAAGCCCAGAUAGAAGAAGAGAAAAAAAAUGCAGAAAAGGAAAAGCAGCAGCGGAAUCAGAAAAAGAAAAAGGAUGAUGAUGACGAAGAAAUUGGAGGCCCCAAAGAAGAGCUUAUCCCUGAGAAACUGGCCAAGGUUGAAACUCCAUUGGAAGAAGCUAUUAAGUUUUUAACACCGUUGAAGAACUUGGUGAAGAACAAGAUAGAAACUCAUCUUUUUGCCUUUGAGAUUUACUUUAGGAAAGAAAAGUUUCUUUUGAUGCUACAAUCAGUAAAGCGGGCAUUUGCUAUUGAUUCUAGUCAUCCCUGGCUUCAUGAGUGCAUGAUUCGACUCUUUAAUUCUGUGUGUGAAAGUAAAGACUUACCCGAAACAGUUAGAACAGUAUUAAAACAAGAAAUGAAUCGUCUUUUUGGAGCAACAAAUCCAAAGAAUUUCAAUGAAACCUUUCUGAAAAGGAAUUCUGAUUCAUUGCCACAUAGAUUAUCAGCUGCCAAAAUGGUGUAUUACUUAGAUUCUUCUAGUCAAAAACGAGCAAUAGAGCUGGCAACAACACUUGAUGGAUCCCUCACCAAUAGAAACCUUCAGACUUGCAUGGAGGUGUUGGAAGCCUUGUGUGAUGGUAGCCUAGGAGACUGUAAAGAAGCUGCCGAAGCCUACAGAGCAAGUUGUCAUAAGCUUUUCCCUUAUGCUUUGGCUUUCAUGCCUCCUGGAUACGAAGAGGAUAUGAAGAUCACAGUGAACGGAGAUAGUUCUGCAGAAACGGAAGAACUGGCCAAUGAAAUCUGAACAUCAUUAAACAAGCAAAUGGAAUGACUUUGGACCAUAUCUAGUGUAUAAUAUUUUUGUCACGCACCUGCUGCAUUGCUCUUACUUACACAGAAUGAGAGGAGUAAAUGUUCUUGCCUUCAAAUAGUCUUACGUUUUUUUAUCCUGCUGAAAACUAUAUAUAAAAUAUCUAACAUUACAGGAUAUAGGUUCAGUUUCUUAAAAAAUUAAAAGCUGCUAAAAUUGAGGGGUUUAAAAGGAAAAAAAAAAUCCGUAUCCUAUUCCUACCUUCCCUUCCCACGUUUUUAACUAAUUUAUAUAAAAUCUGGAGGCUAUAACAGCUAACAUAGCAGGUGUGUGGCAGAAAUAUUACUUUAAAUUUGUCUUGUGAGAUUUUGCUAUAUCUCAGACAGCAUAAAUAAAUGCUGUUUUAGCACUGGAUUCUUUCACUGAGCACAAAGAGUUGUUGGGGCUUUAGCAUCUGACUGAUUCUGUUACGGGGUUGGUGAUUGACCAUAGGAAGUAUGCAAUGUGAAUCACUGUGUACAGAGCCGUCUACAACACAUGCUUGACGUUGUAGAGACUGGGACACAUAGCUACCAAGCGGAUUAAGUGAAACCUAGAAGGUGUUCAGUACGUGUGUUGUGUUUCCAAAAUUCACUGUACAUGAUCAGUUUGGUGUUCUUGUACCACAGUUUUUAACCGAAGGAACCAGUUGGAACAAUCUCAAUUUAACUAAAACUUGAAGAACUAAAAUAACAAUGCAAACCUUUAGCAUUGUUUUGGCCAAACUUGUUAAAACUGUAAUGCAAGAACCAAAUGCACUGUGAUGUGGCACCAACUAAUUAGCAAGCAUGAAUUUUUCACCUGAGAGUGAAAAAAGAAAACUCUACCAUGGCUUGAAGUUAAAGAGCAGAACUCCUGACUACCAUUCUAUGACUGAUCAAGAGACUAAUAGCUAAAACCUCAGCAGGCCUUGUUCACGAUAUGCAGAAAAAGUGCUGCAGUUUAGAUACCUCUGGAACUUUUCCACAGUGUCACAGGUUUGUAAUACUUGAAGCCCUUCAUUUCUAAGAAUAUAUUUCUUGCUCAGUUGUUUCAGGCAAGCCCAAGACUUUGUAAUUUUUAAAGGGCCCAAGAUUUUUUUUUUUUUCAAUAACAGACCAGCUUCUUUUUCCUGCAGUUACAAAUGUAAUUUCUUUUUUUUUUUUUUUUUUUUU